AUGGUGCAGUAUUCCCGUCUGCUGAACGUACAGGCCCGCAAGGUUGCGCGGUAUGCCGUGGAUGCACAGCAGCGUCAGUUCCAUGCAUCAUGUGCCGCCGCUUCCAAGGUCGCUCUGUCCAAGUUCGACCAGACUGUGUACCUGCCGUACGAGAAGCUGCAGAAGAAUCUCGAGGUGGUGAAGAAGCGUCUCGGACGUCCGCUCACCCUCAGCGAGAAGGUGCUCUACUCGCAUCUGGAUGAUCCGGCGCACCAGGACAUUCAGCGUGGUGUUUCGUACCUGCGCCUGCGACCGGAUCGUGUGGCGAUGCAGGAUGCUACCGCACAGAUGGCCAUGCUGCAGUUCAUCUCCUCGGGGCUGCCGAAGGUCGCCGUCCCAUCCACCAUCCACUGCGAUCAUUUGAUUGAGGCACAGAUCGGUGGCGAGAAGGAUUUGGCUCGCGCAAAGGACAUCAACGCGGAAGUGUACAAGUUCCUGUCGACGGCUGGUGCCAAGUAUGGUGUUGGUUUCUGGAAACCAGGAUCGGGUAUCAUCCAUCAGAUUAUUUUGGAGAAUUACGCCUUCCCGGGUCUGUUGAUGAUCGGUACGGAUUCACACACACCAAACGGUGGCGGUCUCGGUGGACUGUGUAUCGGUGUGGGCGGUGCUGAUGCCGUCGAUGUAAUGGCCAAUAUCCCGUGGGAAUUGAAGUGCCCGAACGUAAUCGGUGUACACUUGACGGGCAAGAUUAGCGGCUGGACUUCACCGAAGGACGUUAUUCUGAAGGUGGCCGACAUUCUGACGGUAAAGGGCGGUACUGGUGCGAUCGUCGAGUACAUGGGCAAUGGUGUGGAUUCGAUCUCGUGUACUGGAAUGGCUACCAUCUGUAACAUGGGUGCGGAAAUUGGUGCCACCACGUCGGUCUUCCCCUUCAACAAGCGCAUGGCAGAUUAUCUGGCAUCGACCGGUCGUUCUGCGAUUGCCGCUGAAGCUGGCAAGUACCAGAAGAGCGUAUUGACCGCUGACUCUGGUGCCAAGUACGAUCAGGUAAUCGAGAUCAACCUGGACAAGCUGGAACCGCAUAUCAACGGACCGUUCACACCGGAUCUGGCCCACCCGAUCAGCAAGCUGGGUGCGAACGCGAAGAAGAACGGAUACCCGAUGGACAUCCGCGUCGGUUUGAUUGGUUCGUGCACGAACUCGUCGUACGAAGAUAUGGGCCGUUGCGCUUCGAUCGCCAAGAACGCGAUGAAGCACGGCCUGAAGUCGAAAAUUCCGUUCAACGUAACGCCCGGAUCGGAACAGAUCCGUGCCACGAUCGAGCGCGAUGGUAUUGCGAAGACGUUCAAGGAGUUCGGUGGCACCGUGCUGGCAAACGCUUGCGGACCCUGCAUCGGCCAGUGGGAUCGUAAGGAUGUGAAGAAGGGCGAGAAGAACACGAUCGUGACGUCGUACAACCGUAACUUCACCGGUCGUAAUGACGCCAACCCUGCUACGCAUUGCUUCGUUACGAGCCCUGAACUGGUGACGGCUCUGUCCAUUGCUGGUACUUUGAAUUUCAACCCAUUGACCGAUGAACUGACCGGUGCCGAUGGUAAGAAGUUCAAGUUGGAAUCGCCGUUCGGUGAUGAGCUCCCGCAGAAAGGAUUCGACCCUGGCAUGGACACUUACGAAGCACCACCAUCGGAUGGUUCCAAGGUGAAGGUUGAUGUGGACCCUAAGAGCCAGCGUCUUCAGCUGCUUGAACCGUUCGAUGUCUGGAACGGUAAGGAUAUGAGCGAUAUGACCGUGCUGAUUAAGGUUAAGGGCAAGUGUACCACCGAUCACAUUUCCGCUGCCGGUCCGUGGUUGAAGUACCGUGGCCAUUUGGAUAACAUCUCCAACAAUAUGUUCAUCGGUGCCACCAAUAUCGAAAACAACGAAAUGAACAAAAUUAAGAACCAGGUGUCGGGCGAAUGGGCUGGCGUUCCGGAUGUUGCCCGUUUCUACAAGGCCAAGGGUAUCAAGUGGGUUGCUGUUGGUGACGAGAACUACGGUGAGGGCUCAUCCCGCGAACACGCUGCACUGGAACCACGCCAUUUGGGUGGCCGCGCCAUCAUUACUAAGUCAUUCGCCCGUAUUCACGAAACGAACCUCAAGAAGCAGGGCCUGCUGCCGCUGACCUUUGCUAACCCCGCCGACUACGACAAGGUCCAACCGCACUCGAAGAUCUCGAUCCUGGGACUGAACAACUUUGCCCCAGGCAAGCAGCUGGACUGUGAGAUCAAGACCGACGGUAAGGUAGACAAGAUUAAGCUGAACCACUCGUUCAACGAACAGCAGAUCGAAUGGUUCAAGGCGGGUAGCGCUCUGAACCGUAUGAAGCAAAUCGCGGCCAAUAAGUAA